AUGGAAACUUCUGUGGGUGGUGAAGAUACAGAAGUUGGUGGGGGCGGUGUGCGCCUGAAAGAGCCUGCUGAACAGCGCUUUCCGCAUCUCCAAAAGGCUGCAGAACAGGUUCGGCCUACGCGCGAGCGUGUUCGCUUCAAGGCAAUAGGUACACAGUUGUCCGAAUCCAAUGCCUCUGCCAAUAGCCUGAAAAAGUUUCUCGCUCGUGUGGACAGGAUUUUAGAAGCGGUUGAAGAACUCGAUCUCCUGACGCCUAGGGUGAAGGGCAGUUCUGCUAAGGACAAGGAUAGCAAUGUCAUAAACAUCGACGAUGAGGAGGAAGAAGAGGCAGAGGAAGCAGCAGCAGUGGCUUUGACAGACGCCUCGGUGCCCGCAGAGGCCACAAUUGCACCCUCAGACCUGGCCGAACUCAGUAAAGAUGUGGCAAAGUUGAAGAGCACGGGUUUUGCUAAUCAGGUGCCCAUGGACCGCUUACUGAAGCUGCUUACCCUUCUCCUUUUGAAUGUCCGCGACGGUGCCAAUGUGACGCCUACCUCCUCUCAGGAUGCCUCCGACAGGCAUAAUCAGAACAGCAUCAAAUCGAGGCGCGCCCGUGAACGGGACAUCCACAAAUCGACGGCUAUUGUGCAUCUCUACUAUCGCUUGGUAGAGAUUGUUUCCAGUCUGGCCGAACUUGUUAACAUGCAACGGCUAACAGACAGUUUGGUUUUGGCUCUCUCCUCGCUUGGUGUCUCGGCCUUCUUUGUGGAAAAUGUAACUGAACUGCAAUUGGCAGCGCUGAAGCUUGUGACUGGAAUAUUCUCACAGUAUGAAGCCCAUCGAAACUUGAUUGUUGAAGAUGUUAUAGCAAGUAUUGCGCGGCUUCCUUCCAGCAAGAAAAACCUACGUGCAUACCGACUGAAUUCCGAGGAGAGUAUUCAAAUGUUCACAGCCCUGGCUCUGCUCCUCGUUCAGUCAGUCGUUGAACUGCCCGGUCGUCCUACCGAUAAUAAGGCCCCUGCGGCAAACGCGGACGAAAUAAGCACGGCCGCUGCGGCCAACAAUCCGGACUCCUCUAGGGCUAAACCGCCCCGACCGGAUGAUGAAUUGCUGGUUACUUCCUCCUACCAGAGGGCUUUACGCACAGCCCAUUCCUUCCUAGCCGUCUUCCUGAAAAAGUCCACUACCCGUGGAGAGGAUGACUACCGCAUUAUUUUUGAGAAUUUUGUCAAUGAUCUACUCCUCACAGUGAAUAAGCCCGAGUGGCCUGCGGCCGAGGUGAUGCUCAGCCUACUGGGUAGUCUUUUGGUUCAACAGUUCAACAACAAGUCCCUCGAUCAAGCCAUUCGUGUUACCAGUGUGGAUUACUUGGGCACGGUUGCCUCCACUCUACGCCGUGAUGCUGUUACAAGUCAGCUAAAGGAGCACGACAUUGACAUAAUCAUUAAGGAGUUAAUCGACGGUAACCAGUCCGAUUUGGAGGAGGAGGAAGAGAGUUCUGAGACAGAGACCGCCGAAGCGAAGGUUGAGGUGGAAGAGGGGAAGAAAAAGGCAAAGAAGAAAACAGAAGGAGAGGUAGAGAAGGAAGAAAACAAAGGUGAGAUCAAGGAGAACGGCCUGGCACCCGAGGCAAAAGACUGCAAACUAGAGCCCGCUAACGAGGAGGCCGCCAGGAAGACGGAUGAUGGCGAAAAGGGCGAUAUUCAGGAGCCAUCUACCGAAGUUGUCGUAAACCUAGAUGAGGUCAAGAAGGAAGCUGUCGCCAAUGGUCGAAGGCAUAAACGGAAGUCAGCUCUGGCGAACUCGACCAGCACCUCCGCAGCCGAUCCAGUCCCUAGUGCGCCUGCUGAAAUGGAUCGUAUCCUGGUCCUUCGUGAUGCGAUGCUGGACUACCUGCUGGAGGAUGAGGCCAACCCUGUUGCCUUGGUCAGUAAUCCGUUCUUUUUCCUUUAA